AAACAGUCUUGCUUUCACUCCUGUCCGGCAAGCCCCUUUUGUUUCUUCGUGUGUGUGUGUUUCUCUCAUUUCACUCCGUGUGUUUUCAAUUGAUGUCGCAUUCACGCGCAAAGUGACGUUUCUACUUCGACAAAGUUUGUUUUCGAGUUUGUCCUAGUUGUUCCCGGCAAGAAGAGGCCUCUUUUAUUCUGUAAUAGGCAACAAGUCAUUAAAAAGAAAAGCAUUUGAUGCACCUUAGGGCGAAUUGGUGCGGCUCAAAAAAGGGAUUUAGCGACACGUUUGGCCAUGUCUUGUUCGUAUUCAGCUGGAUCGGCUUCGAGUAGCAGCGAUGGCCAGCAAUUGGGAGCGCGACCUAAAAUUGGACGUCAACACGUUCAACAGCAAAUGAAACCGGUCAGUCGUUCGUCAGCCGGACAACAGAGGACCACCACCACGGCCGCCGAUUCCAAACAGAAUAAGGAAUGGAAUUCAAACUGGAAUUCCAUUCUUUCGGCUCAGGUAAAUGAAAAGAGGCCAAUCGAUGCAAGUGAUCAUCAGCACGAGAAGGUGCGAAUUAAGAACAUCAAUGGGCAGCCUCCCUCAGCAAACGCACAGUCCAAUGGAUGGCCGUCGGUGAGUCGAGGUUUCUCCGAUCCCAGUUUGGCCGUCGUCCAACAACCGGUCCCGACAGCCACUUGUCGGCAAAAGUCGCCUGAAUUAUUUCAUUCGCAUCACUAUCACGCGCGACGUCAACGCGAUCGCCAGCAAACCAACAGCCGGUCCAAUAGCGCCGCAGAUCUCUCCGUCCAGUCCAGCAUCAAUCUCAGCCCGCCAUCCAGCAACGCCUCCUCACUCAACAACAUCAGUAAAGAUUCGAGCAGUGGAGGUGGAGGCAUUUCGAGCAUUUGGGCUCGUUGGUUCCGACGCAAUAACAACCGAACGUCAUCAUCCAUUCGUCCGUUCUCAUCGUCCUACGGUGGCGGCGCUGGAAGUCGUUCGCACAGCGUCGAAAAUAGUCCGGUCGUCAGUCGGCGACAUCGUCCCAUGACGGGCUCCAGCGGCCAAUUGGCCGCCAACAGCGACAACAGCGAUUCGCUCAGCACAAACAGUUUCUCCUUCAUCCGCCCGACGGGCAGUCAGAAGAACAUCGAUCCAGCGUUGACUCUAAGAAGGAAAUACGGAUUAAUGGCGUGCAGCAAUGAAUCGACGGACAAGAUGGGCACAACAACAACAACCAACCACAACAACAACAUCGAAGGGGACGCAAUCAGGGCCAUGCGGACGCGAUGGGAAUCGCAGAUGAGACACAUGGACGUGCGGAAUGAAGCGGAUGAGAAAUGCGUCAGGCCGUCGCAUCCGCCAGUCAAUUCGACGAUGAGGAAAAAGAGGCCGGCACCUCAACCGCCUUCGGCUCAUCGAAGAUCGACGUCCUCUCGUCAUUCCACCGGAAGCAUCCACACCACCUCCGCUGGAUUCAUUCACGUCCCGGGUAAAAGGAAAGCCCCUUCUCCUCCGGAUCAUCAGCCUACGCCUGUACAGUUCAACAUCGUCGUCCCUCCACCUACUCCUCCGGCCAACGGCAAUUUACCGGAUCUGAUGGACUCGUCCGGUCCUCCUCCGAACGCAGCGUCACCUACGGGAGAAGCCAAAUGGAACAACGACCUCAAUUGCAAUUUGCUGUUGGACGAGAUGAACAAAGUGAAAGUGUUUCGAUACCAUCAGAACAAGAUCAACAACGGAGAGCAAGAGAACAAGGCCGACUGUCCGCACAACGACAUUUUGAAAUUGGAGGGCGGAGUUUUGCGUCCGCUCGAACCAUCAGGAAACAAGACAAACGAGCCAACAACAUCCGCAUCGACCAUCGAUUCCAAUCACCGGGGUAUGAUGACCCUCCCUUUAAAGCCUUGGUACAAACGAGGCCGGAAUGGCAGCAGCAGCAGCCAAUUACAUCAUCAUCCUUCAUCGGCCAACGCAUCGUCACGAUCUAAAUGGAAAGAUGCAGCUCUAUUACAUCCGCCAGUUGCAGAUGAAUGCAGCAGCAACAGUUGGGCUAUGGGCUUGUUAGCCAAUCAUCAUCCACCACCUUCGGACUCGACGUUGCUAAACACGAUGCGAUCGAAUUAUUCAUCGACCGUGAGUCCGGGUGGAUCGACGCGAAGUGAAGGAUCUUCCUCGCUGUGCAGCGACGGGAGCAAAGGCAAACAACAACGCAAAUCGUUGCUAGUCAACAUCAGCCAGCUGGACCGCGAAGCGACGGAAAUCAUCCAGCGUGAGCGGGCCAGAGAGUCUCAACGCAAGCGCAUGGCAGACGAGAAAUUCUAUUGUCAUCACGGCGAGGAGGCGACGGCCCAUUUGGCAAGCGUUCCAGACAUAGCUGAAGAGCCGGCCGCGAGUCGUCCGGCCGAAGAAAAGGGAACGAGGCAGUUGAUUAACAUGUUCAACUCUUUGACUGACGCGACGUCUAUCAAUAGCCAACAGAAGCAGACGACGUCGGCCGAGUCCAACCUCAGACUUCGCACUGCAUUUGUGCAGCCGCAGCAGCAGCAACAAGCCAAUGCUAAUAAUAAAACGACGUCAGAUAACAACACGAGCGUCGUUUUUCGCCCCGUGCCAGAAGUGGCCGACCAGCAAAGUUCCAGCUUGUUGGCGUCUACCAAGGCCGUCGACUCGAAUGCCAACACAAUCACACGAUUGCGAGUGAAUAGGGAGACCGUGGCAGCCCCCGCAUCGCCGCCAAUGAGCAAUCACAAGGAGCCGGCCACAUCACAACAAGCCAUUUUCAAUCCGAAAUUGGAAGUGGUUGGCUCACAGGAACACAAGGGAGGUGCACGGCCUAAGAAUCCAGUUGUUUUACCCGCAGCGUCGCCACUAGUCAACGGACAUUCGAAAAUGUCAGGAUGGGAGUGUCAAAUCUGCACUUUGCUCAAUAGCGAGGCACGCCUUUGGUGCGAGGCGUGUACCGCUUUGAAACCAAGGCAAUUCAACAGUAGGUCAUCCAACGGGCCAUCUCCGGUCGUCAAGGAAACGACCAACAUCAGCAAAACACAAGAAGUCCCGUCUGCUGUUGUUACAGUCACGACAGCUCCCAACAGUCCAGAAGCUUUACGACAAGCCCGAUUGGCUUUCUUCCUCAAUGGCCAGCAAAAUAAGCAGCUGGAAAUCAAAGAAGAGGGUGACGAUCAGUCGGGCGAUAAAAACAAUAAUAAAACAACGAAUAACAAACGACGCAGUCAAUGUGGCGGCAUCAAAGUGUCAUCCAGUUGUCAGACUCAACCUCUUCCUUUGCCCAGCAAAGUCGUCCAACGACCCGUUUCAAUGUCAGAUGACUCGCCCGUAGUUGAUAAACUUAGCGAUAAUCGUAAUAACAUCAUCCCGGCGAAGCAAGACCCAUUAGAUAAUAAGAAUCAUGUCAAACCACGUGUACCUGCUGUUGUUCUGAAGGAUGUGACACCAACCAAUUUUGCACUUCUUUCUCCUUCUCGUACACAGUUGAGCCAAUAUCUUCAGCAACAACAGGCCACUAAGAGCCAAUCAUCAGCCAACAGUGACCAGCAAUCUAGCAAGGACAUCCAGAAGAGUAAAGUAGAUGAGUCACCAACCGUUGAAGAUGUGAGCGAUGAGAAACGUGUUGAGGUCAUGUUGUGGCGUUUAGAAGAAUCCAUCGCUGCCGGCCAGUUUGAUAAAGCGGCUGUUUUAGCCAAAGAAUUGGCGGCCAUCAAAAGGGCACCAACUUCUCAAUCACCAUCCAUCAAACGGAGGACUACGGAACAUGAUGUUACUCCGCCCACACCUCCUCCUUCUAUUAAUAAACCAGUGGCCGCUCCGAGAUCCGUCCCUCCCGCCGUUGCUGCUGUCGUCGUUGCACAAAAACAAUCCGAUCCCAUCGUUCCAGCUGCAUCGAAUGUCAACGAAGCGACAGCAGCGCCUCUGCCGGCAAAGCGAUUGUCCCAGUUGUCGUCACCUUUACCUCUGCCGAGGAAAACAAUCAAGGAAGAAACGCAAGACAAACAAGAAGAAACGUUAAAGAAAGAACAAGUUACUGUUGAUGUCAAUGUUAAAAGGGAAGCGGAGAUGCAAACAGCAAAGGAAAUAACAAACCCAGAGGUGACGAUCCGAACGAAAAAGAAGAGCAAUAAAAUCAGUUCGGGUCAGCAGACGACGUUGACCUUUCAGAAGAAGCCAUCUAUCGGCGUGGAGGAGAACAGCAGACGAACGCAGAGUUGCGUCGUUGACGACACAUUCAACGUAGAAGUCUUCAUCGAGGAUCGCUCCACGCAUAGUGGACCGUUCAAAUAUCCCGUUCGUCCAGCCACGACUCUGCUGCAACUCAAGGAGCAGAUGGCCAACAUCCACGGCAUCGCACUGCCAUCCCAGCGAUGGAUUUUUGGCCGUCGUUUGGCUGACAAGGAACAAAUGACGCUCAAAGAGUACGACGUUUGCCCGUCCAAUUCUUCCCUCUUCCUCUACGUCCUUCCUGACCUUCAAACGCCUCCUCCCAAAAAAUCUUCACAAGACGAGCCACCUUCAAAACCUCAGCUUGACCUUGUCCCACCUGACGGACAACACCAAAAUGCCAAAAAAUAUUACAAUUACCAAGAAGAUCGUUACAGCACUUGCGACGAGGAUAGUGACGAUGAGUUGGCAGCUGGGCCAACUACACUUGUUAAUAACCACGUCGCCCAGUCAUUACCUGAUCAUCCCUUGAAACCUGAAACUAACAAAACUGAACCUCAUCUAACAGCCACGACGAUCAACGAUGAGCAUCUGCUGCAAUCAGAAGGAGCAAUGGCUGUGCUCGAUUCAGCAGACGCUGGAUGGACAUGUCCAGGUUGCGCUUUGGUGAAUCCAACGACGCGAUCUGGUUGCAAAGCUUGCGCCUACAAACGCCCAAUGGAUCAAUCAGAGACGAAUGAUGACAUUAAAGAAACUCGAGUCGAUUACAAGAAAUUGGUCGAUUUGCAGGACCAAAGUGACGUCGUAACUAACGCAGAGAGUUUCGAUUGUCCCGUUUGUUUGAUGACGGUCCCUGCAGGAGUGGGCGUCACCCUCAGGGAAUGUCUCCACAAUUUCUGCAGGGAUUGUUUGGCUCACGUGAUUGAAUUCAGUGACGAAGCCACCAUCACUUGUCCGUAUCGCGAUGAUAAUUACGCCUGCGACGCCAUUCUUCAAGAGCUUGAAAUUAAAAAUUUGGUGGGGCCGAAAGUGUAUGAAAAACAUUUGGAGCGCUCGAUGCGUCUGGCGGAAAAGGCGAUGAAGAACACGUUCCACUGCCAGACGGCCGACUGCCCCGGAUGGGCCGUUAUCGAGGAGGACAAUGUCAACGUUUUCCGCUGUCCCGUUUGUCGACGCACCAAUUGUCUCACCUGCCAGGCAAUUCACGACGGAGCCAAUUGCAAAGAGUUCCAGGAUCGAGUCAACGACGCCGCAGAGACGGACGAGGACGCCAAACGGACCAAAGAAAUGAUAGACGCGUUGGUGGCUAGCGGAGAGGCUCUUUCCUGCCCCCAUUGUCAAGUUGUUUUGAUGAAACGUUGGGGUUGUGACUGGGUCAGAUGUUCCGUUUGUCGCACGGAAAUUUGUUGGGUCACCAAACAAAACCGUUGGGGUCCCAAGGGUAAAGGAGAUACCAGUGGAGGCUGUCGGUGUGGAGUUGAUGGAGUUAAAUGUCAUCCUUUAUGUAAUUACUGUCAUUAGUUCUGACAGGGAACUAAGACGAAGAGUUGUAGUGUAAUCAAAUGAACACGACUGCUGUGAUUUAUAUUGUUUAACUUGGAUUUGUUUUGAGUUACAUAUGUUUUGGUGCCGAUGCCUAUCGCCGUAUUCAGUUGUGCUGCCUGCAAACCCUGAACUGUAAAAAUUUUGUUGUUGAUUAAGAGUUCCUACCGGAUGAGAUAUACAGUCUUAUAUACAAUUGA